GUUGACGCGAACCACAACCAUUCGAAAUCGCGAAACGACCGAGAAAUAAACGACGAUUUUGACUAGAUUCAAAUCGAACGAAUCAAACAAUAUCUCAUAUAUUUUUCCCACUCCAUAAUCAAUCAAUUUUAUUUUAUUUGUCUCUUCUUCGAACGCCUACAAAAAGAUUGUGAUCGCUGUGAAACGGACAUCAGUGAAACGGUUUUUUGUGCUUUUAUCAAUAAAGUGUUUUUUGCAGACGUUCAGUUGGUGUACUCAUUGGUGCUUUUUCCGGAAAUCAUUUUUCAAAAUGAAUACCACAAUUUUCAGCAGCGCAUUAUUUAUCGUUGUUUUACUGGGGGUCCAGCAUCAAGUGAUGGCUCGACCAAAUCUGAUCAGUCGGGUUAAACGGGUCUCAGAUGCUCACUUUGCCAAUGUGCAAACCAAACAUGCUUUAAAUCGAGCAAAAGGGAUUGUCAUCACGUUACCAAUAGCUGCUGGAGUCCGGGAUUUGGAUCUGAUUGGUCGCAAACGUAGAUCUGAAUCCCGACUACUCGAGACACUGCUUAACCAGUCCGAAGAAGAUCAGGGAGAUAUCAGAGACGAUCGCAUUGAAACGAACAACUAUCCUGACUUGCUGUUUGAUUACAAGUAAAAUGUAAUCAACUCAACCACUAGAUGAAUUUUGAGGCCCUGGCGAUUUAUCUUCAUUGCAAUUUUCCAUUUAAAAAACCACAUGUUUUAACUACAUUAGAUUAGGAAGUUACGUUGUUGGUUGCUACAUUAUAGACUAUGCGGCCUUUCAGUACCAGAUUUUCUAUUAAACAUCAAUCAAAUCCCUGUUAAGAAAAAAUGAUAUGUAUCGUAAAUCAAUAGUUAUCUGGAACAUACUGAGCGGUAAUUAAUUUAUAGAAUCUUUCAAUCUCAAAAUGUCUAGUUUAGUAUUGUAUGACUGCUUUAGUAAAAUUGUAUUUAUUUUUAGUGUGUAUUAGUUAAAGUUUUAAAAUAUUUUUGCUGUAAUUGGCUCAGUGAAUUUAAUUACAUUUUGUUCGGUAUUAUUCUGUUAAGUGAGCAAAUGAAUACGUAAAAGAAAAGAGACAUUAUAUUAACAUACAACAUAAUACAGAUUCGCACCAAAGCCGAUUUUCCAAGUAUUUAAAGUAGUAAUGCAAAGCAGGUAACAAUAAUGAGUAAAAUAUUUGUAAUUUUCGAUGAAAAAUUAAUGUAGAUACAUUUGCUCACAUUAGCAAAAACGUGAAUAGUUAUUACCGAGGGUUAUUCAUGAAAUAGUUCUAAUUUCAUGAUAGAAAAUUGCUUUUAUGAAAUUAUUAUUUUGCCGCAAGUCCUAUAAUUCGACGCUUUACAUAUAGUCUCUACAAUAAUUUCUGAAGCAUAUAUGUAAAAUAACUUUUAUUCCAUCAAUACAAGCUUGGAGUGGCUUAUAGCACACACAAUUGAUUAUUAAAAAAAACACCUAACAUUAAGUCUGCUAACAUUAAGUGUCCUAACAUUAAGAUGGCCAAGCGUGUUUUUUGAAUAUCCCUCGUUAACUAUUUGGAUGAACUUAUCAGUAUUACCUACGCAUAUGAUUGACAUAAUUCAUGCGACUCUAGUCCUUAUUGUAAGUAAAUUAUUUUAGUAUAGAAUCUUAUCACUUUCUUUAUAACAUGGAUACAAGCAUUAAUUAAC